GUCCGGUCUCUUCGUUCUUUCUCAUUCUAGAAUCCGUAGAUGAAACUAGGUGCAAUGGCAGAAUGAGCAGAGACAUUUACAAUUUCUUCUUCUCGGAAGAAGAAGAUGGCUUUGGAGAAAGAAGAAGAGGAGUCGCCAAACGGUCUAAACGCACCGUUUUGUGUACUUGAUGGGCUCUAUUGUGAGGAAGAAAGUGGGUUUGUGGAGGAGGAUCUGGUGGGGAUUGAUAGUGGGGGUUUAGAUUUGCUCGAGAAAUCCGAUGAAAAUGUCGAAAAGUUUCAGUUUUUACCUCUUAUGGAUAUGUCUUUAUGGGAUGACGAUGAGUUGUUGUCUCUACUUUCAAAGGAAAAUGAAACGAAUCAUUUUCUUCGUGACGAAACCUUAGAUGGGUUUCUGGUUUCUUGUAGGAAAGAGGCAUUAGAUUGGGUUUUUAGGGUUAAGUCUCAUUUCAGGUUAACUUCCUUGACGGCUUUGCUUGCUGUGAACUACUUCGAUAGGUUUAUCACAAGUAUUAAGUUUGAGACAGAUAAGCCAUGGAUGUCUCAGCUUGUUGCUGUGGCGUGCUUGUCUUUAGCGGCUAAAGUUGAAGAGAUCCAUGUUCCAUUGCUCAUUGACCUCCAAGUGGAAGAAGCAAGAUAUAUCUUUGAAGCUAAAACUAUACAAAGAAUGGAACUUUUGAUUCUUACUACUCUCCAGUGGAGGAUGCACCCUGUGACUCCAAUCUCCUUCUUUGAUCACAUUGUACGGCGAUUCGGCUCUAAAUGUCACCAGCAAUUGGACUUCUUUAGGAAGUGUGAGCGUCUUUUGAUCUCCGUCAUUGCUGAUGCAAGGUUUAUGAGUUACAUCCCUUCUGUGUUGGCUACUGCAAUAAUGAUAUAUGUAAUCAAAGAUUUGAAGCCAUGUGAAGAAGUUGAAUACCAGUCUCAGCUCAUGACUCUACUCAAAGUUAAUCAGGAGAAAGUUAAUGAAUGCUAUGAACUGAUGUUGGAGCACAAUAUGAGCAAGGAGAGGAUGAUGAAUUGGGUCGAUCAGGACAGUCCAAGCAGUGUAUUCAGCUUCGACGACAGCUCAAAUAGCUCCUGGAAUGUCUCUGCGGCUUCAUCAUCAUCUCCAGAGCCCUUGCUCAAGAGGAGAAGAGUGCAGGAGCAGCAAAUGAAGUUGCCUUCAAUAAACCAUAUGUUUGUCGAUGUGCUUAGUAGUCCUCGCUAGUACCUUUCAUUGUUCGAAUGUGUCAAGUUAGAAGAACAUAAAAAUUCAGUCUAUCUUUUGCGUAUCAUCAUCAUCAUCUGGUUAUGGCUACAAUUUUAAGGUAGAACAUAUUGUGUUAACUUUAAAGCCAGUUCC